AAAACCCAAACCCUAGAAACUCAACAGCCAUGGCAGCGAAGAAGCACUUGAAACGAGGUACACCAGUUCUUCCACAAGAAAUAAUACAAAUAAUCCUAUCAAACUUACCACCAAACUCUCUCCUUAGAUUCAAAACAGUCUCCAAAUCAUGGUAUACCAUCAUCUCCGAUCCACUAUUCAUCCAAACUCACCUCUGCUCGAGUCUAUCCGAGUCGAACUCGUUCGCUAAAUCACAAGAUCCAGAAUCUCAACCUGUGAAAUUACUGGAAGGCCCUUGUGGCGAGUAUGACGUCAUGUCCUUUUGUGGCUGCGUGCUUCUCUUAGUAGAGGCAAACAUCUCGCUCAAGAAGAGGCUCGUGUUAUGGGACCCGUGCACUCGAACGGAGACGUAUGUUUGGUCGCCGGAUAUUUGUUCCGGUCGACAAAGUUACGGCCUCUGUUACGAUCGAACAUCUCGUAAUUUUAAGGUUGUCGCCUUGUCUCUGGAAACGGAACGCUACGUAGUUUAUUCGAGUAGGAACCGAUCAUGGACGAAGAGGCACGGAUUCCCGGGCAGCGGUAAACCCGACACUUCCGCGCCGGGAGUGUACGUUAACGGGGCUAUCUACUGGGUUUGGAGGCGCUCGUAUAAUAAGGUUAAAGAAAUAAUGUAUUUUGAUCCGAGAGAUGAUAUGUUGAAGAUGCUGCGGAUGCCGGAAGGUGUCGUUGUCGAUGAUGUCAGCAAAUCGAUUCGCUUGGUUAAUUUGAGAGGGUGUUUGGGCCUUUACUAUUGGAUUGGGGGAGAAGACGAGAAGAAGACGAAUAUGGUUCGAAUUUGGACAAAGGAAAACGGCAUUGACAAUAAUUGUUGGAAUGAGUCGGUAACCUUUGACAAUGUUCUUGACCGAAUUUGGUGGUUCAAGCCGCGGUGUUUUGUGGAAAAUAAGAUUGUGAUUCGAUUCCGGGAUUCGACGAGAUUUGUGAAUUACGACCCUUUUAAGAACACGUUUGAAGAAUUUGAAGGCGACGCGAGUUGUUAUGAGUAUGAAUUUGUUCCGUAUGUACAUGGUAUGUUCUUCCCCAUGCAAGAAACCAGGCCUAUGAGGAAAAUCAUAUGUUUGUAA